AUGCCCACACCCGCCUGGGGUCCCCGGCUCACCUCCCAGACCCUCGGGCGCUCACCGCCCAGUGGCUGCGGCUCCGCAACAGGCGCAGGACCCGCAUCGCAGCCAGACAACGUAGGGCCACGGGCCCCAGCUAGGCCAGCACCUCCAUGCCGUGCUCCCGCGCCGCCUCCCGCGGUAAAUCGCCAGCCCUUGGCGCCAGCCCCAUCGCCCUCCGCACGCGGGGCUCAGAAUAGUCUUAUCUUAAAAGUAAAAUGGAUGUUUAAAGUCAUUAUAGAAGCAGUUAAAUGCAGUUUGCACUCCACAGAAAAUGGAACAGGCAAAAUAGUAAAUGAUGUCAAGAAAUUAUCCCCGACUACAAGGGAGAAGAUGCAGCCACCUGCUUGCAGUUAUCCUCUGGAAAAGGACGAAGACACUCCCGACGAAGAGAGGCACCUUGGCGUGGAGAAGACGGAGCCAUCCUUCCCAGAGGUGCAGCGCCCAGACUGCGGGUCCUCUCCUCGACCCACCCUGGAAAGCCUGCCCAAGAAGCACUGUCAGAACCAGGGGAAACUUUUCCACUUUGACCGGCAAGCCCCGGGCCGCGUCUCCACCUCGCCCACAUUGAGGAGGUUAAGGGGCCGCAGCUGCGAGAGUGUGCGCGGGCCUGCGCACGGCACUGCGCAUGCGCCGCCUCAGCCGGCGGCAUUUAAAGUGCCCGCCUGGGGCAGCUGCAAGGAGACUUCCGGCUCCCCGCAUUGCCUUUCCAGCGGGCUAUUUGGAAGCCCGGAGGAGUCUUUGCACUCCCUGUGGCCCCUGAGACUCCACUCAAGAUUGCCUCCGGACCCUGAAAGGGCACUCAACGCAGCCGACUCGUUUGAGCUCCAAAUGGCGCCCAGUGAUGAGCUUGCCCUUCCUGUGCCUCAGCCCCUCAACGAGGGGUCGCUUCCUCAGGCCUCCCUUCCACGAACUGGCGGCCAGCCGGCACCCAGCUACGCCCCACAGCUCCCCAGGCCUCAGAGAGAAGAAUUGCAUCAGUCCAGGUAUGUGUGUCUUUAUUUUCUCUAGUGCUAUGAAAUCUGUUGA